AUGCAAGAAACCCAACUGCAUGCCUUGAAGGAUUGUGAAGUUGUUCGUGGCCUAUGGUUGUUGUCUCCUUUGAACUUGAGAACUGACAGAUUUCAAUGCAACAACAUGAAGGAAUGGAUUUCGCAGAUGUUUACUUCUCUCAGGGACGAUGAGCUCCAGUUAUUUAUUCUGAGUCUUUGGACUAUUUGGACAGACCGAAAUAAUAUUGAUAAUAAUGCUCGAUCUGAUAGGGUUUCCAAAGCCCUCCAACCUGCUGCUUCGGUUGAUUGGCAACCCCCACCACCAAACGCGCUGAAGACGAACUCUGACGCCGCUAUUUCUGUGAGAAACCAUUCAGCUGUUGUUAGCGCAGUGUACAGGAAUUCUUCCGGAGCUGUCAUCAGGUGGGGAAUCAAGCAAAUUCAGGGUGUUACAAAUGUAGAAAACACUGAAACUCAAGCUAUUCUUCUUGGCCUCCAAAUUUCAGCGGAUAUUCCUUGCGACCUUCUGAUAUGUGAAUCAGACGCAGUUAAUGUAAUCAACAGGGUUCGAAAUCCAGUUAGUGCCAUCGACCCCAUCCAGUUGAUUGUUGAUGAUUGCCUGGCCGUAGUGGGUAACCGUAAUGUGGCAUUUCAGCAUGUCCGAAGACAGUGUAACCAAGUUGCACAUUCCCUAGCUAAAUGGGGUAUUUUUAUCGGCAAAGAUUGUAUCUCUGACGAGAAUGUUCCUUUCCCAGUCAAUGAACUUGUUAAUCUUUUCUCUUAA